UCAGCAGAGCUCUGCGUCCACCCGGCAGUAGGAGCAGCCCCGGGCGGUGGCGCGACAGUCCCCGCCAUGUCUGUGGCCAUGAGGCAGAGGUUCGACCAGUUCCUGCACGAAAAGAACUGCAUGACCGACCUGCUGGCCAAGCUCGAGGCCAAGACCGGAGUGAGCCGGAGCUACAUCGCGCUCGGUAUCAUCGGGCUGGUGGCCUUGUACCUGGUGUUCGGUUAUGGAGCCUCUCUCCUCUGCAACCUGAUAGGAUUUGGCUACCCAGCCUACAUCUCAAUUAAAGCCAUAGAGAGUCCCAACAAAGAAGAUGAUACCCAGUGGCUGACCUACUGGGUAGUGUAUGGUGUGUUCAGCAUUGCUGAAUUCUUCUCUGAUCUCUUCCUGUCCUGGUUCCCCUUCUACUACAUGCUGAAGUGUGGCUUCCUGUUGUGGUGCAUGGCACCGAGCCCCUCUAAUGGGGCUGAACUGCUCUACAAGCGCAUCAUCCGUCCGUUCUUCCUGAAACAUGAGUACCAGGUAGACAGUGUGAUGAAGGAUCUGAAAGACAAAGCCAAAGAGACUGCAGAUACCAUCGCUAAAGAAGCCAAGAAAGCUACCGUGAAUUUACUGGGUGAAGAAAAGAAGAGCACCUAAACCACUGACUGGAUGAAGCCUUUCUGCCCUCUCCAGACCUUCCUGUUAGGGCUUGUUGUUAUAUUAGGGACUGUGGUGUGAUCAUUUUAAUAAUGUUGCCUUGGAAACAUUUUGAUAUAUUAAAAAGCGAAUGUGUUGUGAGGGUUUUUUUUUUUUUGCUUAUUUUUACUGUCUAUAUAUGUAGGCCACUUAGGUUUAUAUAUGUAGGGAACAUUUUAAAUUUAAUGCAGUGGGCAGUGUCCAAAUUUUUAGAAAUUUUGUCUGUAGGAAGGCAAAGGUAUGUUACUGUCCUGCAGGAAAUAAAAAAAUAAACUUAAAACAAACAUAUGUAUCUCACAGGCUGUGUACUUCACUGGACGGUCUCUGCAUGAAUUUUCUCUGUACUUACAUUUAGUGCACUCUUUAUGGUUCUUCAUGUUAAUGUACAAUUUUAUAUAAUUCUUAAAUGAUUUUAACGUAUUUGUGCAUAUAUAUGUAUGUACAUAUAUAUUUGGAUAUGUGACUGGCUAACUAUAACAUGCAUAAUUCUCAUGGGGAAGGGGGGGUCACAUAUACUAUCUAUAAAUUCUGUACAGUAAGAAAAAAAAAAAAAAACUUUUUCACCUGCCAAAAGCUGCAG